AUGCUGACUGAGAAGCCAUGGUUGGACCCAACUCAAAUGGGAAGAGCGAAAGUUCUAGUUGAGGUUAAAUUAGACAAACCAUUCCCUCAGAGAGUUGCCUUAGUUGAUAUAAGUGAUGCAAUCACAAUGGUGGAUGUGUUAUAUUCUUGGUUGCCUACUGUUUGUAGUGAUUGUGGUCACUUAGGACACAAAGCCUCUCGUUGUUUACUGAGAACUUCAAGUCCGGUGGUUCAUAAGAAAACUCCAAAGGAAGCUACAAGCUCUGUUUUGCCACCAGUUACAGAAAUUGCAGGGGCUGGAACUGCCAAAGCUCUGGAAAACCCUGAAACCAUCCCUUCAGUAGAGAAAUCAACUCCGGUUUCUCUCACUCUCAUCCCACCCAAUGAUGCGACUCCAACUUCAACACCAGCUACAAGUAACAUUUCUUCUUUUCACAAAAUUUUAUCUUAUCCUCAGGGAACUUCUUCUUCACCGGUUAUCAACCCUGUUAUGGCCUCAACAAAAGAGGCAUCUGCUUCUAAACAAGCUUCACUCUCCUUUGUGGCAUCUGCUUCUAAACAAGCUUCCAUCUCCCCUGUUCAGCCUGAACACAGUAUUCGCAGGACUUUGUCUAGCGCCUCUUUGAGAAACAACAGAUUUGCAUCUUUGGAUUCUUCUGAAGAUGAAUAUGAAGAUGA